CCAUAUCCAUAACCAUCUUCUUCAUCGAUCAAAACUUCCAAUUCCAUUUUCACCAAUAAUAUGAAUCAGAUCCUCCUCCUCUGUUUUCUCUCUGUUUUUCUAUUAUUCCUCACACAUAACUCAUGUACAGCCCAAACUCCGGCCCCAGGUCCUUCCGGUCCAGCCAAUGUCACCAAAAUCCUAGAAAAGGCAGGCCAAUUCACCGUCUACCUCCGCCUUCUCCAAACAACCCAAGUCGGAUCCCAAAUCAACACCCAGCUCAACAACUCCAACAAUGGCAUGACCGUCUUCGCCCCAACUGAUAACGCCUUCUCCUCCCUCCCCGCCGGCGCACUCAACUCUCUCUCCGACAGACAAAAAGUCGAACUCAUCCAAUUCCACGUUCUCUCAUCGUUCCUUUCAACCGCCAUGUUCCAGACCGUUAGCAACCCGUUGAGAACCCAAUCCGGAAACGAUGCAGAUCCGUUAAACGUUACCUCGUCGGGAAACCAGGUUAAUUUGACGACCGGUGUGGUUAAUGCUACUCUCGGUAAUACGAUCUAUACAGACGGGCAGUUCGCCGUGUAUCAAGUUGAUAAGGUGCUUCUUCCGUUUAGUAUUUUUGGGACACCGGCACCGUCAAACUCUCCCGCGCCGGCACCUGAGGCGGCGGAUAAGAAUGUUAAGAAGAAGAAGAAGGCGGAUAGUCCAAGUGGCGGCGCCGGCGUCGAUGGAACUGGGGAUUCUUCCGGCGGGAAACGAGAUGGGUUUGAGAAUUCAAUGGUGGGGAUAUUAUUAAUAGCCAUAGCCGCGGCUUUUCCUUUGUGACCGGUUCGGUUCGACGGUUGUGACCCGCGCGCCACAUAUUGAACCGGUGAAAAAUGAUUGCUAAGAGUGAUUUUUAAUAAUUUGAUAUAUUUUCGCGUGAAAUUGAAUUCUUGCAUCCCCUUAAUUUUUUUUGUUUUUAAAUGAUGAUCUUAUUGGAUUGUUUAUUUGAAUUUCAUCAUAUUCUUCAUGUAAGUUUCUCUACUUAAUGGUGUCCUUUUCUCUCUUCACCAGUU